AUAACUCGAUAAGACAAUCGCCAAGUUCCGGCUUAGCGGCAGAAGAAAACCACUCGCUUCCAUUACAAUCUCAACCCUCAAUCAUCUCCAAUCUCGACGCCGUCUACCACUCAAAUCCUCCGAAUACAUAUUCAAAAUGUCGUCUUAUUGGUCUUGGUUGGGUGCUUACCCCCUCAAGAAGUUCCCGGCGCCAGUUCUCCGGCCCUAUGCCCCUUUCUUCGUCGCUGGCCUGAUUAUCGCUUACGGUGUCAACUCGGUGCAAAAUUCCAUGAUGCAGUCCGACGAGUGGAAGAACGAUCCCCGCAACCCGAACGCGAAGUCUGGUGGACACUAGAAUGGAGGUGACAAACG